AUGCGCCUCAGCGACGUCGGCAUCGACUUCCACGCGUCUUCAGGCCAGCACAGGGCGCCGCUUCAACCUCUGGAGUACUUCCGGUCCCAGGAGAUCGCAUCUUGUUUCCACGCCUGCUCAUGUCGGCGCACACUGGGGCUACGUCCCACUGUCCCUCACAAUUCGUCGAUCGCCAACAAUACACCACAACUUUCAGCGAUCCGCUUGAUUUUGCAGCGACCUGUGGGUCUCGCGCCGUUCAUAAUCUUCGGCCCGUACGCCAGGACCGGAAAGACCGUGACGGUUGUCGAGCCAUACGCCAAAUACUUCUCCGCAAAACGACGCUUGCAUUCUUGCUGCGCUCCCAGCAACAGCGCGCCGACAUCCUGGCGAGCGACUGAUGGCGCUGGUCCCGACAACUUUCCGACACUACGCGGUGUCGCGCAAGAGGAAUGCAGUGCCCAGCAGCUCCUCCUUUCACCUACACCAAGCGGGGGAAUCUUCGCGGUUCCGGCGCUCGAUACUCUUGCCAAGUAUCGAGUGAUCGUGUCGACUUGCGGUUCUGCAUCGUUCGCGGGCACUUCAGCCACUUUCGUGGACGAAGCUGGUCAAGCGACCGAGGCCGAGGUCAUGACGGCUAUCCGGCCGAUGGCGGUUCCUACGACGAGCAUCUGGCCGAUCAUCAGGUCGAGUGCCGCACGCGAUCUCGGCUUGGGCGUGUCGUAUUUGGAGAGACUCAUGGAGCGAGAGGCAUAUAGCGAGCAAUCCGGCAGAGGAACCGGAUUCGUGAAGCUCGUGAAGAACUUCCGGUCGCAUAGCGCGAUUUUGAACUUCCCGAGUGAGACGUUCUACGCGAACGAGCUGCAAGUGUGCGGUUCUCCGUCGACCAUCAACUCGUUCAUCGGAUGGCCGCAUCUAGUCAACCGCAAGUUCCCCGUCGUAUUCCAUUCGAUAUCCGGCCAGGACGAACGGGAAGCUUCAUCGCCGUCUUACUUCAACAUAGAUGAAGCCACCGUUGUCAAAGACUACAUCCAGAAGUUGAAGGCUAAUACCGCCUAUAGGAUAUCGGACGAGGAUAUCGGAAUCAUAGCACCGUAUCGCGCGCAAGUCCGCAAACUACGCAUGGCGCUGUCUGGCUUUGCUCCAGACGUCAAGGUAGCCAGCGUCGAAGAGUUCCAAGGACAGGAACGCCGCGUCAUAAUUCUCACUACUGUACGGAGCACGCGGGACUUGCUACAAUACGACCAGCGAUACACGCUCGGCUUCGUUGCGAAUCCACGCAGGUUCAACGUGGCUGUUACCCGUGCGAAGGCUCUGCUCGUGGUCGUCGGCAACGCCUCUGUCCUCUCCACGGACCCGCUGUGGAGACGAUUCCUCAACUACGUCCACAGGAACAACGGCUGGCGCGGAGAGGCUAUUUCUUGGAAUCCAACGGAUCCUGUGCAGGAUGACGGCGAGUACGCAAGCCAGUUGCGCGAGCAAGGUGUUGCGGACGUGGCUGCCUUCAUGCGUCGCAUGCAGCUCUACUCGGAUGAAUCGGGCUCGGCCGCAGAAGAUCUUGAAAGCGGGGCGAACAUGGAUAUGGCAUUUGUUGAGCCCCAGUGA